UAACGACGACAACAACUGCGGUUGAAAUAGAAACGCACAAUUCUGCACGCGUGAGGUGAUUUUAGGGAAGAAAUUGUCCAGUUUCUGAGUGUGAAAUCUCACGACAUAUUGUCCAUAAUGCCGCGAAAUCCAUACCCUUUUCCUCAAGUGGAGAGCGAUGACAAUUUUGUCAAAGGUGAUCGCAGGAAGUAUGGUGAACCUUAUCAAACUGUCGCAGAGCGAUCAAAUGGAGACGAUCAAUGGAAUCGUCUGUAUAGAGCGGAGACAUUGUCGAGCAAACGACGCGAAGUAUUAUAUUUUGACCCACAGGCUCCCAGCGACAGUCUGGAUUUCGUUAUCAAGUCGACUUACGAUCAUCACGGGGAGUUUUUAAGUUCCAAAGCGGAAACACUGAUUCAACCGGAAACGAGGAAUUUUCAAAAUGGACGUGUCCUGAAGAAUCGCCCUCCACCAGCGGGUCCGAUGAUCGACCUGAACAAGUUGCCGCUGAGAAUAUCGUCUUCAAAUAAGCGAGAAAGUGUUCAUUCUGUCAACGGAGCAAUAGAGAGCCAUCACAGUGCUGCAACGAACCGCGGAUACUCCAGGAAACACGACGGAGGUUUUUAUGCAUGCUGAUUUUGGAAAGAUGGCAUCGUCAACUGUUUGCGUAUUUUUAUAUCUUGUCAAUUCCAAAAUAUUUUCUUCAAACUUUUUUUCUAACCGAGGUAAUAAAUUCUUCUCGAUUUGUGCA